GGUGGUAGGAGUAUGGGCCUGGAGUCGGCAAUAUGGCUGGCUAGAUGUGCAUAGGUAGGGUGUCGGGGUGGUGUUAGUGCCGUACGUUAUUUAUGUCGAACUACCGCAAAUCCUGCCCGAAUCUCGCGUGUUUUCAUGGAAUCGGUGAUAUACUGUGCAGAAGCAGGAAUACGGCUUGCAUGAAGGCAUAGCAUACGCUUCCCAGUGAAACAAACAUGAACGAAGUGAGCAUAUCGUCCGCUCGUGCGUCGGUAAUGGUAUAUGACGACGUUAAUAAAAAAUGGGUACCGAGUGGCAGUUCUUCAGGACUCUCCAAAGUUCAGUUAUAUCAUCACCAAGUGAACAAUACGUUUCGCGUGGUGGGAAGAAAGUUGCAGGAUCACGAGAUCGUCAUCAACUGCGCGAUCCUCAAGGGACUGAAGUACAAUCAGGCGACAGUCACGUUUCACCAAUGGCGAGAUAACAAGCAAGUAUACGGUCUGAAUUUCUCCAGUAAGGACGACGCCGACGCAUUUGCCAGAGCGAUGCUGCAAGCGCUCGAUGUGUUGAGCAAUGGAAGCAACAUAUCGAGAAGUCUUGCCCCCGCCUCAGCUACUCAACAGCAAUCCGUCUUUCAGCAACAGCAACCGACUAAUGCUCAAUAUGACGAAGAUAUGGGAUACAGAACUAUGACCAGGGAAGAUGUGGCGAUCAUUCAGGAACGCAGAAUGUCUCAGCAAAGCCAAGCAACAAAUAGUCCAAACGCAAUUUCCCCGAGUUGCCCCCUCGCAUCGCAACAACAACAACCUACUUCGCAACAGCAGCAGCAGCAGCAACAACAACAACAGCAAACGCCUCAACAAUCUGUGCAACAACAACCGCAGCCACCAGCGCCGCCACAACCACCCCAACAGCAACAACAGCAGCAGCAUCAAGCGCAACAACAGCAACAGCAGCCAAUGCAACAGCAAUCACAAUCCGGUCAUCACAGAACAUCGUCGGCACCGCCAGCUCCUCAACCUCAGCAGCAAACUGUUAUGCAAUCGAUGCAAGUUACCGGCGGUAUGGGAACUGCUGCAGGACAAAUGUCGAGCGGAGGUGCCCCUCCGAUACCACCGCCUCAGCCUCCUAUGGCGGCGGCAGCUCCACCGUGUCCGCCGACAAUGAUAAACUUUAACGCACCGGUACCACCACCCCCGAUGAUGAUGAACCAAUACGCGCAAUCCCCGUCAUCUCAGUCGAAUCUACCGAAUCAAUCUCAGGCGCAGUCGAUUUACGGUAGUACUCAAGGAAACCAGUACGGAGGUGCGCCAAAUAGUAAUCAGUACGCGACCGUCGCUGUCGUCGGGCAAAGUCCAUGUCAGUAUCCCUCCGGAAAUCAAAAUAACUUCUACAAUAACAACGGGCAAAUUAGCAAUGCGUAUCCUAGCGGACAACCGGGACAAGCAAACCAAUACGGUGGCGGCGGAAGUAGUAGUGGUACGGGUGGUGCUGGUGGAAAUCAGUAUGGAAGUAGUAAUUCGAUUAGUCAGUACGCGAGCAGUGGAACCGCGACGACAGGCCAGUACGGGGUAGGCGUCGGAGUCAACGUUGGCCAGCCUAACCAGUCUCAGUACAGUGUCGUAUCUCAGGCACAGGCACAGUAUGGUAACAACCAACUACAGGCAGUUUCGGCCGCUACGAAUCCUUAUGGAACACCAUCAAACUCGGUGAAUCAGUACAGCAGCACCGGCAGUGGUGCCGGUGGUAGCGGUGGUAACUGCGGAAGCAAUGCAGGCAGUGGCAGUACCGGCCCCGGCAGUGGACAUCAUGUGCCACCGGUUAAUCCUAAUAUUUACGCUCCCAUUGGCAGUGCCGGUCCUCAACCUCCUCCUAUGAUGCCGCUGGCUGGACCUGCUCCUCCUCCACCUCCUCCACCACCUGCUCCAAAAGUCAACCUACCUGCUACCAAUCUUAAUCCCCUUUCUGCAUCUGGUUCUACCGGAUCUGUAAGUUCCGUCACUACCAGCGAACCAUCGCCGGAUUCCAAUUCGUUGGCUGCUGCAAUUCAAGCGACUCGUCUUAAAAAGAAGCAGCAGGCAUCGCAGCAACCCGUGGAGAAUAGUGGUUCUAGUACCAGCAGCAGCGGAAGUGCUGGAAACAGCGGGAAUUACGGCACUCUAGGAAGGGGCGGAGGUGGUGGAAUGGCUUCUAUGAUGGACGAAAUGGCUAAAACUCUAGCUCGUAGGCGAGCUGCCGUUGAGAAGAAACAACCCGAACAACCGCAAGAACCUGAAAGUUCACCCGAUAAGAAAUCAUGGGAUAAGAACAGUUUGUCGAAUAAUAAAUUCUCGAACGGUGCCGAAUCACCGAAAUCUGUCCGCAAGAGGUUUGGUUCUGCUUCUGAGGAUACGCUCCUGAAAGUAAACGGCGUUAACGACGGGGCUGUGCUUACCGUUCAAGAAAUGGAGGCAUUUAAAGCGGAGAUCAUCAAGGAAGUGCGCAAAGAAUUCCAAAAGAUGAAACAAGAGAUCGUAGAUGCUGUCAGAGCAGAACUAAGUAGAAGAUAAAGAUGAGACGCGGACCAGUUUGAACUAAAGCGAAGAAGAAAUGAAAAAUUCUACCGCUGUGUAGAUCAAUCGAAACGAUCAUCGACAACCGUACACGACUUUUUUUUACUACGUAUUCGCGAAAAUGGAAUGCAGUUAUACCCCAUGUAUAUCAGACAUGUUUGUGUGUAAGUACGUUAUAUCUAAUCUAGUGUUCUAAGUGAACCGUACUCUUUCGUUGCUUACUGGACGAAUAGUAAGCAACCAUGAACUUUGGAUAAAAUCGAUUCUGAUUCUACCAAUUCGAUGCACAGCACACAUCACGGAUCGCCUACAUUUGCAUCCGUAUUAGUCUUCGGUGGUAUCGUACAAUUUCUCUUUCAUUAAUGACGAUUGCUGUUCUCCUUGUUCCGACAAGUAUUAUUCGUAGUUAAAUCGAGCAACCUAUCGUGACGUAACAUAAAAGCUGAUCCCACGCACAAUGGUAAACGCUUGCGUUUCUAUGUAAAUAUCACGGAAUUCGACUCAGCUAAAGAUACGUAAGAAUUUAUAAAAGAGAUUUCUCUAGUCUAAGAUGCAUUUAAAUUGGGGCUGAAAGAACCUUACGCGCGUUAAAUUGUUUCGCAAUAGUCAUGCAACUUUUUCUUUCUUUCUUCUUUUUUUUCUUUUUUUUUUUUUGAACAUUUGCUCCCAAUUUUCUUAUCAAAAUGCACGCAACUUAAAUUGAAUCUUACUUGGAUUUUUUCCGUACAUACCACCACUACUUCCAUGUACAGAUUUCAUUAAUAACGCACAGCUCGAUACAUUCCAAGUGAAAAUGUUUCGGUACCGUAAAACAGGUAGAACAGAAUGAAAGCGAUCAUCGAUCGAUUGCCACACAAUCUUCACAUAAACGAGUUCUCGGUUGAUUCGAGAUUUCUCUAAAUACACCCACACGAUCCGAUCGUUAAACGAUUACAUCGAUUUUAUAUUUACGCAUCAUUGAUCGCUACAACAAAUUCAAAAUUCGACAAAUGACCGACUUAGUGAUGACAGGGCGAUCGUGUUUGCUAUCGAUAUUGUAUACUACUCUCCGUUCUUAUAUUUUUUUAUCGUCUCUCGUACGAUUCUCACGGAAAAUGAGAAAAUUAACGUUGCAGUUCAUAUAUAUUCUAUGUAUCUAUAAUAUAGCCGUGUAUACGCUGAUUCGCACCAGCUUAUUGGCAUUUAUUGCAUACAACCAGAACAAAGUUCGGGGAGCGCGAGCGAGCGAGAAAGAGAGUGCAAAUGAGAGGAAGAAUGAAGCGCGAGAAAGAAGUGAGAAGAAAAAGAAGAAAAGAUAAUCGUGUAUCCAUUCCUCGCAAUAUCUAUGUAUGUAUUUUCGAACGUGCUACAUCACCGGUCAUUCGAUGUACGACGCGAUAUGACACGAUAUGAGGACAUACUACGAUAUGUGCGUAUCUAAAUUCGAAUGACGCGUGAAAAACAUUGACGAUUCUCAUCGCAUUUAACAUUUAACUGACAUCUUUCUUUCCUUCUUUUUUUCUUUUUCUUUGUUUCAUAAGACAGAUUUGUGAUAACCGAUUUACUAAAUUAACGCACUAAUUAAGAGCGCAACGAUAAUGUUAAGUAUUAUCGAACUAAAUUUUAAAUCUCAAUUUCUAGUCGUAUAAGGAAAGUAAAGAUUAAAGGUAUUAAUCACCGAUACACUGUCACUAUUCCGUGGGAUAAGCUAAUGUCUCGAUAUGACGUGUGUCUUUCGGAGAUGUAACUGAUAAUUAAUAAUUGUCCAUCGUUUCGCACGUUCUCGCACAAAUAUUCUCUGUGAAUGUGAUUCACUUCUGAUUUUAUUCGAUCAAACUUUCUCUUUUGUAUUACGUAUUUUUUCACGGAACUGUAAUUCCAGACUGGUACGUCGAUCUCAAUACAUAUUCCAUUUGCAUUUACCGUGAAACAUUCUUUCAAGAUGUUUUAACGUUCGUGAAAUUGAAAAAAGAAAAUGAAACGAUCAAUUUUAUAAUAAUACCGAUACGGCGCUAAGCAACAGCCGACUGAACUGAAUAAACUGAUACUCUUAUUGUAACGAUAAGUACAUAAGUACAUAUUCCGGCAACGUUCUUUGCCAUUUGAUGCAUUUUACAUUGAAAUAACGUAUUCCGCUCUGUCUAUCGCAUUCCACUAAUGGAAAUGUACAAUUUUUCAAGGUUUUUACGCUUAUCGGGCUUUAUAUUUUUUCAAUGAUUUAUGUUUCUACUCUACUUUUUAAGCUUUCCACGGUAAACUUAAUGAUCUUGCAAUCAACGUUGCGUUGUCUUGAGAAAAAAAAAAAAAAGGAAAAAAUAACGAUUUGACGAAGCCUUCCGUUCGAAGAUGCAAGACUAAAUUUUAAACGAUUAAACAACAGGUGGAGCAGGUAUGAGGAUGUGUGCGUGUAUGAGUGACAUUGUAUGUGCGCGCGUACGUAUCGAACGUGUGUGUGUCCAUGAAUGCGCACGCGAAUGUCAAAUGGCGAUGUAGCGUGUAAAGGAGCGAGAACAAGAGAGAGAGAGAGAGAGAGAGAGAGAGGGGGGGGGGAGAGGAAGAGAGAAGGGGAAAUUUUGGGCGCGGCAACGGUGAACGUUCGAUGGAUUCGAGGGAAUGAACUAAAUUGCACGGGGUACGAGAAAAGCGACUAGUGUUAGAUGCAUUUAUAAUUAUAUUUAACAUAUGUAUAUUUAUAUAUACAUAUAUCAUACAUGGAUAAUUUUAAUAUGACAAGAUUAAACGCGCGAGCAUAAAGAGUGUUUGUUACGAUUGAAAUUAUUUAAGAAGCGCAAAAGAGAGAGCAUGCCGAUAACGGAUCGACGCGUUGGUUUUUGCGACACCGACGAAUCGGGUCGAAUCGAGACGGAUCGAGACGGAUCGAGACGAAUCGGGACGAAUCGAGCCGAGUCGGCGAGACUGUGCCGUGUCCAGGGCCAUUAUAAACGGUGUGUAUUAUAAUUAAUGUAUCAGCAGCAAGAAAAUACACGUAUGAUAUAAAAGAAUAACGAGUGAAACGCUAUUUUAUGUAUUACGUGCGACGCAACGGCAACGAGAGUUCGAAAAAAGCAGAAAGAAAUUUUAUUUUACUCGCUAAUCAACCUGCCUCCCUCGUCAUCAAGUUCGAUAACGCGCUCGCAGUUUCUGCCGAUUAUUCCUUCUGUCCGAAACAACGAUUGUUAACGUGUCACCGCGUGCACGAGUGCGUACGCGUGCGUGCGUGCGUGCGUGCGUGCGUGCGUAUCAGUGAUACCUUAAGUUCGCGUGACUUAUUAGCCGACCGUCGAGUCUCGUCGCCGUUUCCCGUCGUUGUUUAUAAUAUAUGUAAAUCGACGAUGCAAAUGAAGAAUAAAUAAUUGGAAAAAGCAUAUGGUAAUUAUGAACGUUGUAACGAAUAAAUAGCCUCGUGGCGAAACGAAAUGGCAGCGUUUACAUGUUCGAUUACUUUGCUAGAAGCGGGCCGCACCCUUCGUGUGGCAAACAAAAAUGGUGCGUCGUCUGGUCACGAGAAACGUCGAUAUCGUCCCUUAGCGAACUAUCUAGGUUCUACAACUGGCAACGACAACGACGGAACGCAUCCUAGACUCAUCGAAAAGAAAAGCUCGACGAGGCCACGUAGCGUAUUCUAUUAGCGUUUAAAGCGACCGCGAGGAAAAUUUAUACGAAAUACAAUUAGCAGUACUAACGUACGAAGUUUGAAGAACCGAUGCCGAACACGCACUGUUUCUUAAGACGUAUCUUGAAAAUAUUUGUAUGUAAAUGAAUGACGAAACAAUAAAAAGUAUACGCUCAAUCUA